CAGUUGGCCAAGCUUUUAACGAUAAAAUAGAUUUUCCGCUUACAAAACUGAACUUUCAUACCGCACAGGCACACACAACCAAAUUAAUAUCCCAAUAAUUAAAAGCCAAAUCAAAUUAAAUCAAAUCCCUGCUCAGUCUCUUCUGUUACCCUACCUUCCGUCCAUCACACACCAAACUUUUCCGGCAGCCCUACCGCCACCACCACCAAUGGACGAGUCUCCACCGCCACCGCCACCUCCACCUCCUCCUAUGACCCUGGACGGAGUUGAAAACGACGCCGUUUUUGCUAAGACACUUGUGCUGAGUAAACGCGAGGUAACCGCUCGUCGGCUCCGCCGAACGAGGCAACUCAGACGGUGCUACAGAGGGCACUACUGGGCUCUAAUGGAAGAGAUCAAGUCCAAGUAUAAGGAGUAUUAUUGGACCUACGGUAAGAGCCCCUUCAAGGAAACUAGCGGCGUAAACGACGCUGUCGUUUUGGGCGACGAGAACAAUAACAACGCAAUCGGCGGCAACGAGAGGAACAAUAAUGCCGUUUUGGGAGUUGGAGGAGAUGACAUUGUUCGGUGCGCUUUUGGUGGAUGUAAGGUUAAGGCUAUGGCGCUUACUCGCUACUGUCACGCUCACAUACUUUCGGAUCCGAAACAGAAGCUCUAUCGGGGAUGCAGAACCGUCGCUAAAAAUUUGCCAACAGGGCCUUCAUAUUGUAAUAAACCAGUGUUGAGGUCUGUGGUUCCUGCUGCUUGCACAACUCAUUACCAAUUAGGUGAAAAGUGUCUUCUUCGUGCUGUAAAAAGGGCAGGCUAUAAUGUUCCAAUUAAUCGUAAGCCUAAUGUAAGGUUACAUGUAGUAAUUAAUGAAUUUGUUCGCCAAAUCCAAAAUAAACGAGAAGUUGCACUGAAAGCAGGUGUAUCUAAAGUUGAGACUCAAUAAGAAACAAGGUUAAGUUUCUUAUUCUUUAGAAGAUGAUUGUUGUCUAAAGACAUUGCAUGGUGUUAGGCAUAUUCCAGUAUCUGGGAGAAAUUGGUUAAUGAUUUGGUGUUGAAUGACGAUCAAUAAGAAAUGUACUUAGAUGUCUGUACAUCAUAAUUAUUUCAGGUAUGUCAUUAGUUUUUUUUCUUUUCUUGUUUAGUCACAUACUUUGACCCUAUGAGCAGCAUUGCAAUAUUUCAAUUGUUGAUUGUUACUAAUAACCAGAAUUUCUUGACUUGGAUUAAGAAUCCUUUUGUGAAUCUAUGAGAAUAGCAA